UGUAGUGAGCAGAUCAAGAACAGGAAAGAAGAAGCAGUUGAGAGAUAAGUUAAGCUCUCAGAAAACCCUAUGAUGCUCCGGGAACCGGUUUGACCUCAAAGUGGAAUCUAAGGGUGACCAUGGAUAACAGAUACAAACCUGAUGCUUCAGCCAGGAUGAGAAAACUCUACAGACUGGCUGGUGUGAGCCUUGGACUCCUGUUUAUCCUACAGGCUGCUUUGAACAUUUCCCUGCGUCUUACUUUCCAUGUAACGACGCCAGAUUUUAAGGGCAUAAUCAAAAAUCUGACUGAAGAGAGAGAGGAGUUGAAGAGGGAGCUAAAUAUUUCUGAUGCAAAGACGUCAGAUUUUGAGGCCAUGAUCAAAAACCUGACUGAAGAGAGAGAUGAGCUGAAGAGGAAGCUAAAUAUUUUUGAUAACUACAUCCAGCAAAGAUGGGUGUAUUUCAAACACAGUUUCUACUACAUUUCUUCUACAACAAAAUCUUGGCCAAACAGUAGAAAUGACUGCCUGCAAAGAGGUGCAGACCUGGUGAUUAUCAACAGCAAAGAGGAACAGGAAUUCAUGAGACGACUGGAAGGGCGCACAUGGAUUGGACUGACUGACAGAGAGACAGAGGGGACGUGGAGAUGGGUGGAUGGGACUUUCCUGAGCACAAGUUACUGGAUCACUGGGGAGCCCAACUCCUAUGAAGACAAAAAUGAAGACUGUGUGGAAAUAAGGAACCCUGAAAGUGAAGACAGCUGGAAUGAUGCACCAUGUACAUACGAAAAAUUAUGGAUCUGUGAAAAGACGGUGGCCUUUUAACUCAGCAUCCAAAGCCACCAGGUUGAUAACUGAUGAGCUGCAGGGAAAGUGACUCACUGAACUGCACAGAUACAAACACAUAAGUUAGUGUGCCUUCAUAAGCCUUUUUCAUAGGAAAUAUUUUGACAUGUAACCAUAGUGAAAGUAAAGCUACAAAGAAUAAAAUUUGGGAUUCCUGAACUCAGGUUAGCUGCAAUGGUUUAUGGGUCCUGAUAUUGUGGAUGCUGGCUUUGGUUUUUAAAUAGCGUGGGGUGGAGGAGAUACAGGUAGUAUAUUAGCAGUGCCAUAUGUUUUCAUGUAUAUACUGAAAU